CAGGCCAGGCCAGGCCAUGCUGGCGAGCAGUGGUGUGGCAGGGCCAGGACCAGGGCCCGGACCCACUCAGGGUCUGCGCAGUGCUGCCAUUCACAAUUAACUUCUACCAGUUAAUGAGCUCCUGGUGCACAAUAAUCUUUCUCCACUAGUUGAUCUUGUAGCGAGGGUUCUUUGGUUAUCCCAGAGCAAUUUGUCUAUAAGGAGCAAAGGAGAGUUGCAUAACAGAAAAGCUGUCUCUGAUACAGCCUGAGUGCAUGCAAAGGAGCAACGAGAUGCCUCACACCAGAGACUCUUCAUCUCUGACUAGCAGCACUUCCUACGAAACACCGGCACUAUCAGAUCUCCAGCAGCUUCUGUGGCUCAGAGGAGGCUCUGAUAAUCAUGUGGACCAAGUCUGGCCAAAUAUCUACCUGGGAGAUGCGUGGGCUGCUAGGAGCAAAACUACACUUCAAAGCCUCAACAUUACUCAUAUCCUUAAUGCAGCAGAUGGACCAUAUAGCAUCAACACGGGAGCCAAAUAUUAUGCAGAUCUGCAAAUAGAGUACUAUGGAGUAGAAGCAUUUGAUGAUCCUUCCUUCGAUUUAAGUAUCUUCUUCUAUGAUGCUGCCAAUUUCAUAGGCAAGGCCUUAAACUCUUCAGGAGGUAAGGUGUUUGUUCAUUGUGCCAUGGGAGUGAGCCGCUCAGCAACUUUAGUGCUUGCUUUUUUAAUGAUCCAUGAAAACAUGACACUUGUGGAUGCUCUAAAGACAGUGAGUGCUCACAGAAACAUCUGCCCGAAUUCGGGGUUCCUCAGUCAGCUCCGGGACUUGGACAUGAAACUGAAUGAAGAGAGGAAAGGAACCGGAGCAUCCGCCACCAAAGGCUUGUAAGAAAGUAUUGCUGAAAGAAAGGGGACAAAAUCUUGUUUGAGUUGCCUGUAUCUCUUCUAGAUGAACUGCAUUUAUAAAUACAGGACACAAGUUUAUGGGACACCAGGAUGCAUGUUAUUAAUAAAAAUAGAUUUUGCUUGAUCUUUCCAUUUUGCAAAGCCGUCCUAGAUUUAUAUUUACAAUUGGCUGUAUACUCUAUCCUUCACUCUCCACCUUAAAACAUUGUUGUCUGCUAGCUUAAAAGAAAAAAAAAAAGAAAAAAAAAGAGAAAGAGAUCAGGUUCCACUUCAGAAAUAGCUGUGUUUCAGUAACUAGUGAAGCUCAUAUCACUUUAUGAAGUGUUAGGCUAUUUGAGGUGAAAGAUGCCAUAUUAUUUAUGCUACAGUAAUGCUUAGAAGUUUUCUUAUGAACCUGCCCCCCCACCCCUUCACUCCCUGUAUCUCAGAGGGUUUGUAUUUUGAGACUUGAAUCUGGCACUGGUUAGUUCUUGCUUUUACAAUUGGUGGAGCUCCUGAGUUGGGGUAAGAGGUUGUUUAAAGGCAGAGCAGCUGGGAAACAACAUAAGCCACUCUAAGAAAUUAUUCCAGGUAUCUCUACAGGCUUUUCAUUUUGGCUGUUCAUCAGAGCUUUUUUCCUCCAUGUAAAUAUAUUUCCUUGAGAGGGCAUUCAAAUAUUGUUAAUAUUCUGUACUAAAAAUCAUCCAGGAAAUCUUGCAGAAAAUGCUUCUAAAGAAGAAGGUGGGUUCCCAGCUAAGGCUGGUGCAGGAAAAUAUUUGACAAAGCUCAAUGUAUCCCCAGUUUGUCUGGCAGUUCAAAAUUACAAAACUUGGUAUUUUUUUUUCUCAAAAAUAAAAGAUUAUUAACAUUGCAACAUCA